AUGGCUUCUACGACUUCGUACCAGUACACGAGGUUGGGGCCCGAGGAUGACGCUGGCUUCGAGCUCGAGUCCGAGGAGUCCCCAACGAAGGGAAAGCCGCCGUACUUCGGUAUGACGGGCACUCAGCUCAAUAUCUGGGUCACUGUUGCGUGUACUACGGCUAUGACCCUGUUCGGUUACGACCAGGGUGUGUUUGGAGGAAUCAUCGUCACUCCCGACUUUCUAGAAACUAUGGGCAACCCGGGUCCUGAUCUGCAGGGCACUAUCGUAUCCCUGUACGAUAUCGGAUGUUUCUUCGGAGCUAUCUCCACCUUUAUUUUUGGAGAGACCCUUGGGCGGAAGAAGACAUUCAUGAUUGGCGUUAUCAUCAUGUCAAUUGGGGCAAUCUUGCAAACGUGCGCCUUUACCGUCGCCCAAAUGAUCGUCGCCCGACUCGUCACAGGCGUAGGAAAUGGAAUCAACACUGCCACGGCGCCAGUAUGGCAGAGCGAAACGUCCAAGCCAGCGUGGAGAGGCAAGCUAGUUAUAUUCGAGAUGAUCAUGAACGUCGCCGGAUUUUCCCUCAGUAACUGGAUGACAUACGGCUUCAGCUUCGCCUCCGGUAGCAUCGCAUGGCGCUUCCCAAUCGCCUUCCAACUCGUCUUCUCCUUCGUCCUUCUUUCCACGGUGCCGUGGCUGCCAGAAAGUCCUAGAUGGCUCCUCGCGCAUGGUCACCAUGAUGAAGGUGUUCGUGUUCUCGUAGCUCUGGAAGGCGCUCAUGCAACGAGUAAAGACGAAUACAUCGUCAACCAGAGAGACUCUAUCCUAGAAGCUGUCAGAGCUGAGCAGGAAAAUGCCCCUACGUGGCAGGAUAUAAUGAAGGGUAGAACAGGAGGCACCGGGAUGAUUCAGAGAUUGGUUCUUGGCGCAGGGACACAGUGGAUGCAGCAAUUGGUUGGAAUCAACGUUACGAGUUACUACCUUCCUCUCGUCCUCCAAAACUCCGUCGGUCUCUCGAACAACCUCGCACGCCUUCUAGCAGCAUGCAACUCCGUCUCAUACCUCUUCUUCUCCUUCUUCGGCUUACUCCUCAUCGAGAAGGUUGGACGCCGAAAGCUGAUGAUGUGGGGCGCGGCGGGCCAAUGUUUCUGCUAUAUCCUCAUCACGGCCUUGCUUUCGCACACGAACGAUCCAGCAAAUGGGAAGACGUUCGGUGCAGGUGCUACUGCUUUCUUCUUCUUGUACUAUGUGUUCUUUGGAGUUUGCUGGCAGGGCGUGCCAUGGUUAUACCCAACUGAAAUCAACAGUCUUGCUAUGCGGACGAAGGGGGCUGCCUUAGGCACUGCUUCUAAUUGGAUAUCCAACUACAUGGUCGUCCAAAUCACCCCCACCGGAAUAGCCAACCUUGGCUGGCGAUUCUACAUAAUCUGGGCAGUAUUCAACGCUCUCUUUGUUCCUCUCGUCUGGCUCGUAUACCCGGAAACCGCCAACCGUCACUUGGAGGACAUUGAUAGACUGUAUAGAGAAGAGCGAUCGAUCUUCGUCUUCCGGAAUAAGGAAGCGACUCAGGUGGAGAGGCCUCAGCGCUUCAUUGACGCUGAUCAGGAGCGGAUAGACAUGAUCGCUCGCACGGCGAGGGAAGGGUCCGGGAUCGAGGAAACGAUUUGA